GAGAUGUCUUCUGAGCAGCAGUACUUUUUGUUUGUAGGCUCUGACGUGAUAAAAAAGCUGGGUGAUAAUCUGGUCUUUUCCCUGGAGCUGAACAUUUAAAACAUUGAGCAGCUCUGUGACGUCCACCAGGAAAGCCAGGUCAGAAAGCCAUUUCUUAUCCAUGGGCUCUUGAAUACUACCAAUCUUGCUUUCCUGAAAAGCUCCGAUCUCAUCACGCAGAUCAAAAAAUCUCCUGAGAACUUUUCCUCUGCUCAGCCAUCUAACCUCCUGGUGGUACAACACAUCACCAUAUUGCACAUCCAUCUCAUCCAACAGUACCUUGAACUGCAGGUGAGAGAGCACCUUGGAGCGUAUAUCAUUCACAAUUUUGACGACGUCACGCAUCACAUCCACAAGCCCAAUGGAUUGGGCACAUAGCUGUUCUUGAUGUAAAAUACAGGAAAUCUGAUAGCUGGCCCGUGUGGCACUUUCUUGAGCUGAUGAAGGACGUAGCAGCGCGCUCUGCUCAGAUCGAAGUUUAGCAAGCAGCUCGUUAGCCUUCUGUUUUAUGCCUCGCCGCUGUCCUUUGAGAAAGCUGAAGAAGGUUUUGUUUCAUAAUGACGGAUUUUGUACUCUUUCAAAACAGCAACUGACUGCUUGCAAACUAGACACACUGCCUUUGAGUUGAUUUCAGUAAAUAAAAAGUCAACUUGCCAAAUCUUUUUAAAUUUCCUCUUGUCUGUGUGCCAGUGCCUGGAUCUCUCCAUUAUUACCUGUUUGUUGACUGUCGCAAUGAACGCUGGCCUUGAAGUAUGCAUAUACAUUAAAUAAAAUUCUAAUUCUUAUUCUCUACAUUUAAUUUCAAUUUACAUUUUUUGUAGCUCAAAAAUAAUAAUAAAAAAAUGUUAAAUUAGAAAUGAAGAUCAGCAUCAAUUAACCCGCCCCUUCUCACACAUGGCAUGGCGGGCCAAAUCAAGUCACCACGGGCCAACUUUGGCCCACAGCCCGUAGUUUGGGCAUCUCUGUUCUAACUGUUGUAGUAGCACAUAGUCAUUUGAACUAAUGUGACAUUAGCACAAAGUCAUUCAAAAGAGUGUUCUAGUAGCACAUAGACAUUGAAAAGAAUGUUCUAGCAGCAUGGAAUACAACACACACACACACACACACACACACACACACACACACACACACACACACGGCUAUAGCGGAGCCUAUAGUCACGCGCGCUGUGCUUUACACGGCCCCCAACGCGCUCUGCUUCCGAUACUACACACACCACUCGACAGCUGCAAAGACAUCAGGCUCGUUCCCAAGGCUCCUCUUUAACUCGGCCCAGAACGCAUACGACGGCCGUGCCUGCUUUUCGCCGGUUUUUACACACCACAUCGCACCAAAUGCGCAGCCCGCCGGCUUGAGUACAACGCGCGCCGCGCCUUUUCAUGUGCGCUGCGCGAGACUGUUGCUCUCUAGCCGGCCAGGCCGGGCCACGGGGGAAACGAGAAAGCCCGUCCUCGCUCAGCGUGUGCUUCAACGUUUUGAAUCUCGUCUUGCGAGUGGGAUUUUCACCGAGAAAUGCCACGAGAAAACACAUCUGAGCGCGCGCCGCGUCCGUGCAUUCAUUCAGCGGCGCCCCGAGUUGAGUCUACAACGCUCUCAUAUCUGUUUUUAAGACCAGCCCCCCGGCCGCGGGGAGGGAGGAUCAUCCUGAGUUACACACUAACGUACAGCGUACGACUCGUGUAUUCUACGCAGUUACAAGAGAGAUGGCAGAAGUCGCACCCGCUCCCGCCGCCGCGCCGGCCAAAGCGCCCAAGAAGAAAGCAGCUUCGAGAGCAAAAAAAGCCGGCCCUAGCGUCGGCGAGCUGAUCGUCAAAGCCGUUUCCUCGUCUAAGGAGAGGAGCGGCGUGUCUCUCGCUGCCCUGAAGAAAGUGCUGGCUGCCGGCGGAUACGAUGUGGAGAAGAACAACUCCCGCGUCAAGAUCGCCGUUAAGGGUCUCGUGACUAAAGGCACUCUGGUGCAGACCAAAGGGACCGGCGCGUCUGGCUCUUUCAAGCUGAACAAGAAGCAGACCGAAGCCAAGAAGCCCGUGAAGAAAGCCGCGCCCAAAGCGAAAAAGCCCGCCGCUACUAAGAAGCCCAAGAAGGUAGCGGCCAAGAAACCCGCCGCCGCGGCCAAGAAGUCUCCUAAGAAGGCGAAGAAGCCCGCCGCCGCCGCAAAGAAAGCCACCAAGAGCCCGAAGAAGGCGAAAAAGCCCGCGACCCCUAAAAAGGCAGUCAAGAGCCCCAAGAAAGCGAAAGCUGUCAAGCCCAAGACCACAAAGCCUAAAGCGGCAAAGGCGAAGAAGGCAGCACCCAAAAAGAAGUCAGUCUCCCCGGCGCGCGCGCACAGACAUAUGUAGUCAAAUCGGAGGAGCGAGCCAUAAGAUCUGUUAUGACGUCACGUUCAGAGUUCUGUAAGUUUCCUGAUGGUAUGCUUGACGGUUGUUCCCUUUAUGACGCCGCGAAUGUCGAGGUUUUUAAACGUUGUGGUAUCAGAGCGGGCCUCUGUAUUCAUUUGAACGGAGUAGUAUUUAAUCAUUGGUCUAUCUAACCUUUUCAUGUGCUUAGUUUCUUUGUUUGUUCAUCUGUCGUGUUUAAGAAUGGACAUUGAAAUAAUAUAUCCAGAUAUGUGUACAGCUGCUGUGUGACAAUGUAAACUUAAAAAAAAAAAAAAAAAAAAAACAUUUCCAUGUCUAGAGAAUAGGGUAUGUUCUUUAAAAAAAUAAAUCAUAAUGAUGAUGCUGUUAAACAUUUCAGAAGCUCCGUGUAUUGUCCUUGAUACGUGAAAACUAGACAAUGCACAGUAAUAACGCUGAUGAGCUGCGUCAGUGUAAAAUAGCCCAAAGCUACCUUCUG